ACGGUAGCACGCGGAUGAUAAACACAGGUCAUGGCUCAGACAGCAGGACGGAGGUAUAUUAAAGCAUUCGUGAGUGGAUUCUUCGUAGCAGUUCCUGUAACGGUCACGGUGUUGGAUCGGCUUGCUUAUGUGGCGCGGGUGGAAGGCGCCUCCAUGCAGCCCUCUCUAAACCCAGACGGAGUCUCAUCGUCUGACGUCGUGCUUCUCAACCGUUGGAGUGUGAGGAAAUACCAGGUGCAGCGUGGGGAUAUCGUAUCAGUCGUGACUCCCAAGAACCCAAAACAGAAGAUCAUUAAGCGGGUCAUCGCUCUUGAGGGAGACUUCAUCAAGACUUUGGGAUAUAAGAACCGUUACCUGAGGGUUCCAGAUGGACACUUGUGGAUCGAGGGUGAUCAUCAUGGUAAUAGCUUUGACAGCAAUACUUUUGGCCCAGUCUCUCUUGGGCUCCUGCAUGGCAGAGCUUCUCACAUCAUCUGGCCACCGAACCGGUGGCAGAGGAUCAAACCAUCUGUUCCUCCCAACCGCGAACCUCUUCUCAACUGGGGAGGCUCAUCAGAAGAUGAAGAAAAAUGAUUUUUUAUUUCAUACACAAUCAGAAUGUUUAUAUGCAGGACCAUGAUAUAGACUGGAUUAUGUGUUCAUUGAAAAUGAAGUCGUGGUUAUUGAAUAGUCCAAAAAAUUUGA